CAGCCAAAGGAGGACAUAGCAAGGCAAUCAAGUUUGUUUGGCAACUAAUUAGGACCUCCAUCACAAACAGCAUCGCAGAUCCUCCAGGCAGUCCUAGGAACUGUAUAAAAGUGCUCACAACUCAGGGCUCUUCUUAUCAUUUCUCCGGACUUCAUCUCCUCGGUGAGCUCGGUUUACCUCCAUCCCAGAAAGAUGACUUGCUCCAGCCUGUGCUAUCCAGAAUGCGGAGUGGCCCGGCCCUGUCCGGUCACUGGUACCUGCAACGAGCCGUGCGUUAGGCAGUGCCAAGACUCUGAAGUGAUCAUCAGACCCUCACCAGUUGUCGUGACCCUCCCAGGACCCAUUCUCAGCAAUUUCCCUCAAUACAGUGCAGUGGGAGCUGUAGGAGCACCUGUGGUCGGACCCGGUUACGGAGGCUCAUUCGGUUGGGGGGGAUUGCACGGCUAUGGAGGCCAUUACGGAGGAUUGUAUGGUUUAGGUGGAUACGGUGGAUACGGUGGUUACGGCGGCCAUUAUGGUUAUGGGGGAUUAUGUGGUUAUGGGGGACACUGCGGUUACCCAGGUGGUUAUGGUUAUGGGGGAUUAUGUGGUUAUGGGGGAUACUGUGGUUACCCAGGCUUCUGUGGUUACGGAGGAUUAUGGGGAUAUGGGGGAUAUGGCCGUAGGUAUCUCGGUGGAUACUGUGGGUCAUGCUAAACCCAGCAGGAACAUCCGUGGAAAAAGGAAGAAUCAGGAAAUGAACAGCCAGAUACAGAUUCACCCCUGACCUUUUGGGCAUGGCUUUCAGAAGCACUGGGCAAACAGGGCUCCAGCUGAACUCAGUGGGAGCUGUGUGUGCUCAGCAGCUUUGGCUGACAGCCAUGCUGCCUUUCUAAUGUUACGCUUUAUGACUCUUUCUGCCAAGGCUUUCCCACCCGUGUGCUGAUUCUCGCUUUCACCUGUGGACUCAAUCUGAAUUAGGCGCAGCCUCUUUAUACUGACCCCGCUGUGUAAAGGAAACAAGGGCCUUAAGACAGAUAUCAGUUACAUUUGUUGUUAGUUAAGUCCCUUUAGAAGGGAAAAAGAGACCUUGAUGUCAAGGAGAAUUAGGCCCGACAUGUUCUACCCUUUCCAUCAAGACGUAUCUUUAGCACCUCACUUUGACCUUUUCUGAGGCCGACAUUUAGGGAGAAGUUGCCUAAUUUUCUGCUUUUAUUUUGUUUUGUCUCAUUUCCCAACCACUGGGGUAAAACAAGGGCCUUAAAAUGGUUGUAAAGGGGACUUGUUUGUCAACCUCUGCAGCUGCACCAAUGCAAGCAGAACAUCUUGUCUGAAAUACACCCAUUGAGGCCUGCGAUCGGUCAUGGCCCUUCUUGAAACACUGGAAAUACAUUCUUUCUGCUCUGUAGUAUUACUUCUGU